AGAGGGCAAAUAGAGGGAGGGGGGGGGGAAAGAAUAAUGGAUUUCUCCGGUACGCCGGCGUUAGCGCUGCUCGCCUUGGCUCUGCUGUGGGUGUUUGUUUUGAGGAACCGGAGACGGAGCCGUCUGCCCCCGGGGCCCACGCCUCUCCCGCUCCUCGGGAACCUGCUACAAAUCGACAAAUACAGGCCUUUCAAAAGCCUGAUGGAGCUCAGUGAACGCUAUGGGCCGGUGAUGACGGUGUACCUGGGCAGGCAGCGGGCUGUGGUUCUGGUGGGCUACGACGCGGUGAAGGAGGCCCUGGUGGACCAGGCUGAUGACUUCUCCGGCAGAGGACCCAUCCCCAUCAUGGUCAGAGCCACCAAAGGCUACGGCUUGGCCAUCAGCAACGGGGAGCGCUGGAGUCAGCUGCGACGUUUCACCCUGAUGACGCUGCGAGACUUCGGGAUGGGACGCAAGGGGAUGGAGGAGUGGAUCCAGGAGGAGGGGAAGCACCUGGUCACUCGCAUGCGGACGUUCAAAGCCUCUCCUUUUGACCCCACGUUCCUCCUGAGCUGCGCCGUGUCCAACGUCAUCUGCUGCCUGGUGUUCAGCCAGCGCUUCAACUACGAUGACGAGCACUUCCUCCGCCUCCUCCAAAUCAUCUCUGAAACCCUGCAAUUCAUGAGCAGCCCCUUCGGUCAGAUGUACAACAUCUUUCCCUGGUUCAUGGAGCGUCUGCCGGGCCGCCAGCACACCAUGUUUGCCCAGAUUGUCGAGAUAAGGCAGUUCAUCAUGGACAAAAUCCAUGAGCACCAGAAGACAAUAAACCCCGCCUCGCCAAGGGACUACAUCGACUGCUACCUCGUCAGACUCAACCAGGAAAAGCAAAACCCUUCAACCGAGUUCCACCACGACAACCUGCUGUCGACAGUCCUGAAUUUGUUCCUCGCAGGAACAGAGACCACCAGCACGACCAUCAGAUAUGCCCUCAGCAUUCUCAUCAAAUACCCCAGCAUUCAGGAGCAAACGCAACGGGAAAUUGACGCUGUGAUUGGUCAAGAGCGUUGCCCCACUAUGGCGGACAGGAAGUCCCUCCCCUUCACAGACGCAGUGGUCCACGAAGUUCAGCGGUUCCUGGAUAUCACCCCGUUUGGCAUCCCUCACUAUGCGUUAAAAAAUAUCUCUUUCAAGGGCCACAUAAUUCCCAAGGGCACCAUUAUCCUCCCCAUGCUGCACUCUGUGCUGAAAGUGGAGAAGCUCUGGGAAACCCCCUGGACCUUCAACCCUCACCACUUCCUGGACCACGACGGCAACUUUAAGAAAAACCCUGCUUUUCUGCCUUUCUCCGCAGGGAAGAGGUCCUGUGUUGGAGAGUCUCUGGCCCGCAUGGAGCUUUUCCUCUUCGUGGUUUCACUUUUGCAGCACUUCACCUUCACCUGCCCCGGAGGCCCUGACAGUGUGGACGUCAACCCCGAGUUCAGCAGUUUUGUCAAUGUACCACGCCGACACCAGAUCAUCGCCACCCCACGAUGAAAGUGGAUAACUUGUUACUGGGCUGCAUCGCCAUGGUAACUUGUGCCGCACACCUAACCUGCUCGGGGCUGGCCCAGUAAAGUUCAGGACCACGGCUCAUAAACAGCUCUUGGACCAGUCAGCCGUCAGAGCUGUGAGAGACGCCAUUACAUCAAAUUUUUCACACAGAAAAUAUUAAAAUAAAGGAAAUUGGGAUUAAAAUGUUAAUUUCUUUUCUUGAAACGGCAAACGAGGUCACGCCGAUACAUUACAAAACAUUCUUUAGUGAGAAAAAA